AUGAUGGCAACAGGGCCCCAUGGUAAACUAGAUGAAUACUUGCCGGUGGUUGACCUUCUGCUGAACGUGAGGAAGGUGCUGGCGGAGGUGGGGGGUGAAAGGAUCGAGGCGAUAAUUGCAGCAGGGCCACACGGCAAGCUAGAUGAGUACCUGCCAGUGGUUGACCUGCUGCUGAACGUCAGAAAGGAGCUGGCGGAGAUUGAGGCGAUGAUUGCAGCAGGGCCCCAUGGGAAACUAGACGAGUACCUCCCAGUGGUUGAUCUGCUGCUGAACGUGCGGAAGGUGCUGGCGGAGGUGGGGGAGAAGGAGUCGGGGCGCCGGGCGGACAUGCUGCUGCGGACUGCCAUGGAGGACUUGGACUACGAACUAAGAGACAUUCUUAAGCGGCGCAGCAAGCAGGCUUCUGCCCGCUUCAGUGUAGACGAGCUCAAGAGGCUGUUCCAGGCGGAGUUCCUGCAUGUGCUUCCUUAUCCCUCACCCUCCCCCACCCACAUGCAGGCUGUUCCAGUUUCUGCAUGUGCUUCCUUUUCCCUCACCCUCCCCCACCCACCCCCUGUGCCCGCAUCCGCGCGUUUUUCAGUGGACGAGCUCAAGAGGUUAUUCCAGGCGGAGUUUGUGCACGUCUUUGCCCCUCCUCACCUCACCCCCCCCCUCUCUCCCCCUUUCUUCCCUGCCCUUCCCCCCAGCAAGCAAGCGUCCGCCCGCUUCAGUGUAGACGAGCUGAAGAGGCUGUUCCAGGCGGAGUUCCUGCACGUGGGGAGUGGGGAUUCCGCAGGGGAGGAAGGGGAGGAGAAGGGGGAGGGGCGGGAGGGGCGGGGGGGCAGAGAGGGGAGAGGAGGGGCGGAUGGGGAGGAUGAGGGACUUUUGAGUCCAGGGGAAAGGGGGGAGGCGAGGGGCGAGGGAAGGGGGGGGAGGAGGGAGGGGAGAAAAGAAGGGGACUUGGAAGGGGACGAGAAGGCUGGUGGGGAAGGUGAGGAGGAGGAGGGGAGGAGGAAGGAGAGGAGGAAGGUUCCUGAGCUGUUUCCUGUGAGCACGGGGCGGUGGUUGAAUGAGGCGGCUGGGAGGAUGGUGCAAGGAGGGGCGGGAGGAAAGUGCGUGGAAGCUUACAGGUCUGUGCGCGUGGAGGCAGUUAAAGCCCUGAUGGAUGAACUGAGGCUGGAGGAUGUGCUGAGUCCCGGGGUGAUUCAUGAAGCGUCGUGGAGAGUGCUUGAGCAGGCUUCCAAGGAGUGGGUGCAGGCGGCUUAUAUCAUUGGGGCGUUGAUAAUCCCCAUGGAGCAUCAGACGGCCAACGAGGCUUGGAGGGGCAUGGAUGGAUGGACACACAGAGGCAGGAGGUGCAAACAUUAUGGAGCGUUGAUAAUCCCCAUGGAGCACCAGACGGCCAACGAGGCUUGGAAGGGCAUGGACACUCAGAGGCGUGCCGCCCUAAGGAGCGUGCUGGAGGACGGCGGCGUCGGGCGGCGGGUUUUGUUUCUAGCGGACGUGCUGAGGGCGAUCGUAUCACGGCGGAUGGCAGAGCAGCUGUUUUCAUUGCUGGAUGCAUAUCAAGUGGUGCAAGAGAUCAUGCCGGAGCUCGCUGCCACAUUUCAGGACCUCAAGGUCAGCAAUGUGUGGGGGGCGUGUGAGGGCCUGCCGCUGCUGCUGGGGCGAGCAGUGGCAGCAUGCUUCCAGCGCCUCAAGCUCUUACUGGAGGACUCUGCUGCUUCUAAUCUCGCUGAUGCUAUGCGGAAACCCGUUCCCGCCAAGAAAGCAGCCCUGAGCUUUCUCACGCGCAGUGCCACCAGCAACAGCAGCACGGCGGUGGCACCAGACGAGUCGGUUUAUGAGAUUGUGCCGCGAGGGGGCGCUGUGGAUUCGAUCACGAGCUAUGUUGCGAAUUACAUCCGCAGCUACAUGCAACGGCAAGGAAGGAGAAGCUACGUGGAUUCCCUCACAUCUCUCUUCUCUCUUCUUGAGGCUCAUCCAGACGAAGACCCCAGCUCCCUCACAGCAGAUUUUGCCCUCCUCUCUCUCCCCGCCUCCUCCUCCCUCUCCCCUCUCGCCUCCUCCAAUCCGAUCGCUGCUGCUGCCGCCGCCGCCACCAUGAACGCCACGUCAGCAUCUGCCAUGUCAGCAAACGGGAGGGCGCCAGGUGUCGGGAGGAGCCUGGAGAGCGAGACAGCUCAGCUGGUGAUGGCUCUAAGGAGGAACCUAGAGAUUAGAGCAAGGCUCUACCCAGAAGAGGAGUUACAGCAGCUAUUCCUGAUGAACAACCUCAACUAUCUCGUCAAGUCCAUGAACGACUGGCACGGGUGGCACGCACAGGGCAUUGAAAAGAACUUGUCUGCUGUGAGAAGAGUCAUGGUGGCUCGGAGAGGUAUGUCUGCAGAUUCGGGUGCAGAGCGGUUCAGAGUGGUAGCACAUACAGACCGAGUGGUGAUGGAGAAGAGGGUGGCUUCAGCAUUCUUCCCUCUCCUGUGUGGUAUCACACCCGUUCCCUCUUCUCCCACCGGGGAGGGCGCCAAGGAUCUCAUGGUAGUGCUAGCAGACCUGGAUGACGACUGGGUAGUGGUAGAGGAGGGCGCCAAGGAUCUCAUGGUGGCACUGGCAGACCUGCAUGAUGACCGUGUGGUGGAGAGUGGUGCAGAGCAGUGCAGACCUGUUCAGUCUCCCUUCCUCUCCCCUCACCCACCAGGGAGGGCGCCAAGGAUCUCAUGCAGACUUCUUCCCUCUCACUCCCGUGAAGCCCCCAUCGAGGAGGGCGCCAAGGAUCUCAUGGUGGCGCUAGCAGACCUGCAUGACGACCGAGUGGUGGUAGAGUGCGGUACAGACUGGUGCAGCCUUCAUACCUCUUGUUUCCUUGCGUUUCCCUCCUUUCAACCACCAGGGAGGGUGCCAAUGACCUCAUGGUGGCUGGCGCUGGCAGACCUGCAUGACGACCGUGUGGUGAUGGAGGAUAUUGCAGAGCAGUGUGGAUUCGUUCACCUCCCUCCCUCUCCCCCUCUCUCCUUCACCCACCAGGGAGGGCGCCAAUGA